AUGGAUUAUUUUUUUAAUGAUGAAGAUAAAAAUGUUGAAGAAGACAAGGGAAAUGAUGAUGAUGAUGAUGAUGAUGAUGACGAGGAUGAUGAAGAUAAGGAUAAUGAUGAUGAUGAUUAUGAUAAUGAAGAUAAUGAUGAUAGUUGUGACAAUGUUAAAGAUAAAGAGAAUAAUGAACAAGAAAAUAAUGGAGUUGAAGGUAGAAAUGAAAAUGAAAUAGAAAAGACUAAUGAACGAGUUUUUAGUGGAAAUGUAGAUGAAGGAGAUACAAGAGAAGGUGUGGAGGGUAAUAAUCUUGAUGGGAAUAAUGCACGUGAAAAAAAUGUUCAAGGAGAAGGUGUGGAGGAUAAGAAUCUGGAUGGGAAGAAUGUAGGUGAAGAAAAACAAAAUGUUCAAGAAAGAGGUGUGGAGGCUAAGAAGCUGGAUGAGAAGAAUACAAGUGAAGAAAAACAAAAUGUUUAA